GGAGAUGUGCGAAAUAUCAUUGUUCCUGAGAACGUGAAUAUUGGACAGAAAUUUGAUUAUUCGGACACAAUGGUACAACAUAAUUUGGAUGAAGUGAAGGACCAAAUUAAACGGGAAAUAAGGAAGGAACUUAAAAUCAAAGAAGGAGCAGAAAACCUCAGGAAGGUGACUACAGAUAAAAAAAACUUGGCUUAUAUAGACAACAUUUUGAAAAAAUCAAACAAGAAGCUAGAGGAAUUGCACCAUAAAUUACAGGAAUUAAAUGCUCACAUUGUGGUAGCAGAAACUGAAGAUGUUACAGAUUGUCCCAGAACUCCAGAUACACCAAAUAGUGAUCCUCGCUUUCCUAACAACAGAUUAAUUGCCUUAAAGAAACAGUUAAAUAUAGAAUUGAAAGUAAAGCAAGGAGCAGAAAAUAUGAUUCAAAUGUAUUCAAAUGGUCCAUCAAAGGAUAGAAAGCUGCUUGCAACAGCUCAACAAAUGCUUCAGGAUAGCAAGACAAAAAUUGAAGUCAUAAGGAUGCAGAUUCUUCAAGCAGUGCAGACUAAUGAAUUGGCUUUUGAUAAUGCAAAGCCCGUGAUAAGCCCUCUUGAGCUUCGAAUGGAAGAAUUGCGACAUCAUUUUAGGAUAGAAUAUGCAGUAGCAGAAGGAGCCAAAAAUGUUAUGAAGUUGUUCGGCUCUGGAAAAGUUACUGACAGAAAAGCGCUUUCAGAGGCUCAAGCAAGAUUUAAUGAAUCAAGCCAGAAGCUGGAUCUCUUGAAGUAUUCAUUAGAACAAAGGCUAAGUGAACUCCCUAAAAAUCAUCCCAAAAGCGGUAUUAUUAUAGAAGAACUUUCACUUGUUUCAUCACCAACACUAAGUCCACGGCAAAGUAUGAUAUCUACACAAAAUCAGUAUAGUACACUGUCCAAACCAGCAGCAUUAACAGGUACUCUGGAAGUUAGGCUUAUGGGUUGCCAAGAUAUCCUGGAAAAUGUCCCUGGUAGAUCAAAAGCAACAUCCUUCACUCUACCUGGAUGGAGUCCAAGUGAAGCCAGAUCAUCAUUCAUGAGUCGAACAAGUAAAAGCAAAAGUGGCAGUUGCCGAAACCUCCUGAAAACAGACGAUUUAUCCAAUGAAAUCUGUGCUGUUUUGAAAUUGGAUAACACUGUUGUUGAUCAAACUAGCUGGAAGCCUAUUUCCAAUCAGUCCUGGGACCAGAAAUUUACACUGGAACUAGACAGAUCACGUGAGUUAGAGAUUUCUGUUUAUUGGCGUGAUUGGAGAUCUUUGUGUGCCGUGAAAUUUCUGAGGUUAGAAGACUUCUUGGAUAAUCAGCGACAUGGAAUGUGUCUCUAUCUUGAACCUCAGGGCACUUUGUUUGCAGAGGUUACAUUUUUUAAUCCUGUUAUUGAAAGACGACCAAAACUUCAGAGACAAAAGAAAAUUUUCUCCAAGCAACAAGGCAAAACAUUUCUCAGAGCUCCGCAAAUGAAUAUUAAUAUUGCCACUUGGGGAAGGUUGGUGAGAAGAGCUAUUCCAACAGUAAAUCAUACUGGGACCUUCAGCCCUCAAGCAUCUGUGCCUGCUACGGUAUCAGUAGCUGAUGCUCAAAUUUCUGGAUUAGGCUCACCAACUAGUGAUUCCCCUGUAGGUAAAUUGGUGUUUGAACUUGACCCUGAACCCACCUGUCCUCCUCGUGUAUCUUCGCUGGGAGAAAUCAGUGAAUCUUCGCCUGAACCAAAGUCUCCGCCUACCCCCACUCAGGAUGUGGAAACAUUUGAUUUUGAGAAUGACAAAAAUAAUUUUGUUCCAAAAUUUCAACCAGAAAUUAUUUGUGAGACUCAGAUUUCAAAUUCUGAUAUUGAGUAUAAACAAGUACCUGAAGAUAGAAGAAUACAACAGAGAUUUCAGUUUAGUUUACAAGAUUUCCGAUGUUGUGCUGUUCUGGGUAGAGGACAUUUCGGAAAGGUCCUAUUGGCCGAGUAUAAAAAUACUAAUGAAAUGUUUGCUAUUAAAGCCUUAAAAAAAGGAGACAUUGUUGCUCGAGAUGAAGUAGACAGAUUUUAUGCUGCAUGUGUAGUUCUUGGCCUGCAAUAUUUACAUGAGCAUAGGAUAGUUUACAGAGAUCUAAAGCUGGAUAACCUGUUGCUGGAUACUGAAGGCUUUGUUAAAAUAGCUGACUUUGGUCUCUGCAAGGAAGGAAUGGGAUUUGGUGACAGAACAAGUACGUUCUGUGGCACUCCAGAAUUUCUUGCUCCAGAAGUAUUGACAGAAACAUCUUAUACAAGAGCUGUAGAUUGGUGGGGUCUUGGUGUACUCAUCUAUGAAAUGCUGGUUGGUGAGUCUCCUUUCCCAGGAGAUGAUGAAGAAGAAGUUUUUGACAGUAUUGUAAAUGAUGAAGUAAGAUAUCCUCGAUUCCUGUCUACAGAAGCUAUCUCAAUAAUGAGAAGGCUUCUGAGGAGAAAUCCAGAGCGUCGCCUUGGUGCCGGCGAAAAAGAUGCUGAAGAUGUCAAAAAGCAUCACUUUUUUCGGUUAAUUGACUGGAAUGCGUUGCUCGCCAAGAAAAUGAAGCCCCCGUUUGUCCCAAUCAUACGAGGAAGAGAAGAUGUCAGCAAUUUUGAUGAUGAAUUUACCUCAGAAGCGCCUAUUCUCACUCCACCUCGGGAGCCUCGGAUACUUUUGGAAGAUCAGCAGGAAAUGUUCAGGGACUUCGACUACAUUGCUGAUUGGUGUUAAUCUUAUAGUCACUGUGAAAAUUCCAGCCGAUUUGCUCCCCAGGACAACUUUCUCCCGUCGCCCUAAGAAGACCAUUCUUUGGAUCACUCUGCUGCCUGUAGCUUCUCAUUUUUAAAUCAUAUGAAGAUUUUUAAACAGUACUGUUUUUAAUACAGAGGAGGCAUGGCCUCUCUUUUGUAUAUCUUUUUUUUUUGUUUCUUUCUAACCUUGAGCACUGGAAAGCAAUUUUGUGCAGCUCUUGAAGCUGAUUCAGUGGGUGCGGGCUGUUUUCCACAUUCACAUGGGCACCCUUGUACUGUAUCUUUAUUCUUCCAGAGAAGAAAGCAUCACAAAACACCUGCCUUACAAAGUGGGACCACAAACAGAUAACUAAGCUAGACCGAUCACCUGCCCGAGUUUUAAGGAAAGAAAACAAAAGCUGUCGGUCCUUUUCAGAAGGAGAAUGAACGUCCCGUCCUCCCCCCGAAUGGCAGAACUCAAAAAGACUGUCAAGCACACUAGUGACUUGAUUUCUCAAAAUAAUGUGUAUUACAAACUAAUGCCUUGUUUAACAAACUCUAUGGUAUUUAUUAGUGAGGAGAUGCUUCAAAACCUUACAUAUGUCAAAGCAGCAUCAGUGCUUCCAUUUGCAGAAAAGGACUGGUCCUAAAAGUUUACCAAAGUCACUUGCUAAACAGAUGUGUUUGCCUUUAAAUCUUGUUAAACACUGUUCAGAAAUAACCAGCAAAUAUGAAGAAUGUAAUGAAUGUUUUUUCUAGUCUUAACCAGGAAUACUCAUAAAUGUAUGAAUUUCCCUUAAAUACGCAAUCACUGUUCUAUAUUUUUAAAGUUGUGUAUUUUCCACAUUAACUUCAAUCAUAUUCUAGCAAAUCAGUAUAUCUAGUUAUCUCAUUCAUCAUACAUUUGCUGUUCAAAAUGUUCAAAACAUUCAUGUUUAAAGAAUGAGGAAAUGUAUUGUAUACAUCCAGUAUACGUAUAUUUGGAAACUAGUUUUGCUUAAAUCAUAUAGAAUAACUGUACACUUAGUUUUGUCCAGUGGCCGUUUGAAUGUAUUACUGAAACCCCAGAUUUAAUGGUGAAAACCCACUUGUAUACAUUUUUAUGGCCACUGAAGUCAAUAAUUGUCAUCGGAAAUUACUGAGAAUAAGGGUAAAAGCAAUAUGUUUUAAGAGAAUGUAUAAAUAUUUUUGAUAAAACUUGUAUAUCUUAAGUCUCUUAACACUAUGCUGUACCUCAAAAGUUAAAAUAUUUUUGACCAGAUGCUGUGUGUUUGCUUUACAGACUUUAAUGUAGUUAAGACAUUCUGAAAGAACAAAAUCAUGUUUUAAAUCGGUGGAAAGCAACAUUCCACUUUGUCAGUAUAUGUGUUUGUGAUCAACUUCAUUUCCUAACACCAGAAGAUCAAGAAUAAGCAUGGAAGUUUUUAAUUAGUAGACCUACUAUUCUAUCUGGAAUGUGAUUCAGCAUCAAUAAGUCACAUACUGGGCAGAUUUUGCAAGAAAGUAGAGUAACACCAAUAAGGGAUUCGUGUGGAGUGCUGGGGGUGGUGGUAUUUUUUUCAUAAUCUGUUCCAUCACCCCACUCAUAAACUAUUUUGUUUCAUAUGAUAGCUGGGGACUCUAUUCAUAGUUUAUAACCUGACAAGAAUAUAAGGAAUAAGAAGGUUGCCAGAAUAAGAGAUUUGUACAUUCCUUCAUAAGGAAGAUACUUUUUAUAAAAAUCAUGAAUAUUACUAAGUUGCAGGGUUUUUUAAAAAAAAUGCACUACCUAUCAUUUUUCAGUAUGCUAAUUUGGCUUUCUUAAAAUUUCAAAUGGCUACCUUAAUUAAGCAAAACACUACAUAUCUGAGGUACAAUCUGCCAACCCCUCAUUAUUUCUAUAAACAGCUAGGUCCCUGGUAGGUGCUUCAGAUUUAAAAUCCUAUGGAAGAAACUUUUUGUAAGUACAAGUUGUACAGAAAUGUUUAUAAUCUUGAAUUUCUGAAAAUCACAUUAGAGGCAGGGUAUUUUCACAAUUAAGCUGAAUGAAAGCACUAAUUUUAUCUAGUUUUGAAAAAUAGACAAAUUAAGUUUUAAACUCUAGAUUGUAAAUAUAUUUUGCUAUACAUAUGUGGCUGCUGAAGCACUUUGUAAAAAAAAAUUAGGGUAUUUUAGAAUGGUACACUAUGCAUUUAAAUGAAAUGUGCCUUUAACAGUGUAUUAGUACAAACUAUCUGCAAUUCUCAAAAUUUAAAUAGUGAAAUUUGUAUAGGAAAAAAAUUACUGAUUUGAAUUAUAAUCUUGUGUUUGAUCUUUAGAUAAAUGAUGUCUUUGGAA